GAAGUAGAUAAAACUUAGCGUUUGUUUGUGAAGUACAUUUUACAUAAACUUUUCAUAAACAUUAUGAAUUAAACUAUUCGAAUUUAACAAUAUGGAUAAUCUCUGUCGAUGCUGUCAUUCUCACUACGGCUUUAAAAGCCUUAACACCACUUAUUCAUACGAAGGCACAGAAGAAACUUAUUCGACGAUGUUGCAAAAGACUUUCGACAUUAUUAUAAGUCCAGUAAUUGGAGAGUCAAAUACUAUUUCUUACUCCAUCUGUGAUAUAUGCAUUUCUCAUUUACAAGAUGCACUAAUAUUUAAAAAGCAAGUGGUGACUUGUGAACAAUUACUAUUUACACAUUAUAGUAACCUUAAUUACAAAGGCAAUACAUCUUAUAUCAAUACAGUGAAGGAAGAGGUGACAGAAAUACAUAUUGGGUUAAAGGAGGAAACUCUUCAUGAAAAUGACACUGAAACUAAAUUUGAAAAUAAAAUUACCUUGGAAAGUUUUAAUGAAUCUAUUGAUACUCCUGAUGAUCAGCCACUAUCUAUACUGAAAAACAAGGAACCUUAUCAAGAAUCAGAGCCUGAAGCAGACUGGGCAAGUGGACAUGAACUCAGUGAUUAUGAGGUAUCAAAAUCGGGAAAUAGGAAUGGAUCCAAGAAAUAUUCAUGUGACGUCUGUUGCAAACAAUUCACUUAUUAUGGUUCAUUACAAGUUCAUUUAUUAACACAUAGUGGAGAGAAAACUUAUCAAUGCCUUAUAUGUAAUAAUAAAUUUAUACAAAACAAAGAUCUAACUAAACAUAUAUCAAUAGAUCAUUCACAUAAUGGUACAUAUCCUUGUAAUAUGUGUACCAAAAUAUUUGAUAAAGCUCACCUUUUGAAAAGUCAUUUAUCAACUCACUAUAUAGACAAGUAUAAAUGUAAAAUCUGCGGAAAGCAGUUCCAAAGGAAUAAAGGACUAAAAGAACAUAUGAAAACACAUACUAAAGAGAAAAUGUACACAUGUGAAAUAUGUCAUAAAUCAUUCGGUCAUAAUCAAACACUAAAAUCACAUAUAUUAACACAUACAGGAGAAAAGCCUUUCGUUUGUGAUGUAUGUGGACGAAGAUUUUCACAGAGGACACAUUUGAAAAGGCAUAUAUUUAUAAUACAUACUGGUGUUAAACCAUAUUCAUGUAAAGAUUGUAAUAAACAAUUUUCAAGUAAGAGUUACUUGGCAAUCCACGCCCGUCAGCACACAGGUGAAAGACCUCAUACUUGUGAAGUAUGUAAAAAAGAUUUCACAGCAUAUACAACUUUGAAAGUGCAUAUGCGAGUACAUACAGGUCGCAAACCAUAUACAUGCAGCUUUUGUGAUAGACAGUUCGCUCAAAUGGCCAGUUUUAAAUUACAUGAACGAACUCAUACAGGUGAAAGACCUUAUUCGUGUAAAGUGUGUAAGAAACCAUUUUCUGAUAAUGGUUACUUGAAGAUCCAUAUGCGUGUACACACUGGUGAGAAACCGUACAAUUGUGAAGUAUGUAAACGGUCAUUUAGAGAGACAGGACAAUUAAAACGUCAUAUGAGAGUACAUACAGGUAUAAAACCAUAUACUUGUAAGAUUUGUAACAAACAAAUUGGUAAUUUAUCAAAACAUAUGCGUGUACAUUCUGAUGAAAGGCCGUUUAAUUGCAGUGUAUGUAAUAAACAAUUCACAAUAAAUGGUAAUUUGAAACUUCAUAUGAGAAUUCAUACGGGGGAAAGACCGUUUGCUUGUGAUUUAUGUAAUAGCCAAUUUACACAAAGCAGUGGACUUAAACGGCAUAGAUGUACACAUGCUGAUAAAGUUAAUACAUGACCCUAAAACUAGUGUUAGGUGUAAAUAUUCUUUGAUAAUAAGCUUUUUAAUUUAUGAAAUGUUUUAUAAUUUUCUUACUCUUUGAUUGUCAAAUGUAAAUGCGUUGAUAGGGUGAUGUAUUUGUUAAAUCAGACCUAUGAUUAAAAGAUAAUUAAGAAGUAAAUAAAUCGUUUCAUUCUCAACAACUACAAUGAUAUAAAUACUUAAAAAAUAUAUAGACAAAUUGAGAACCUCCAUUUUUCGGGAAGUCGGUUAAAAACAGAACAAUAUUUAAUACUGCAGUCCAAGCUCACAGCAAUAAUAAAUUAAGAAUAAGAAUAUCUUUAUUGCUCUCUAAUGUUGAUUACAUAAAUCAGUGUUGCCUUGACUACUUAACUAGGAUCCCUGUUUUUAAGUAGCCAAGGACUUCCCUUACAAAGUGAUACAUUUUUGGUGUGAAACAAAAAGAAAAUUUACUAUUAUUUAUUAAUUUUAACAAGUGAAA